AUGUUAGAUCAAAAUAUCCUGGCUAGCCUACUGCCCUAUCUACACUAUCAAAAUGACACUCUUGAUAUUCUCUGUGAACUGGGAUGGGUGCUCACCUACCUCACUGCCAGUAGUGAAUAUGUUGAUGAACUUGUGACAGCUGGAUUGUUGAUCCACUUGGUGAACCUAUUGGUGACCUUUGCUGCUGGGGAUCAAAACAAUGGACAGGCUAUCACUCCUUUACUCCGAGCUGUGGGGAACAUGUGUGCUGGUGAAGAUGCUUACAGCCUUCAGGCUAUCAACAAUCCAAACUUGCUUCCCACACUCAAUGCCUUUCUUCACUCCAAACAUAGGCACAUCAUCAAGGAGACCUUGUGGGUACUUUCCAACAUGGCAGCUGUUGUUGAUGUUGCCAGUCAAAUUUUGGUAUCUGAGCUGCUUCCUUCCAUCACUGCCCUUUUAGUGUCCACAUUUGACAUCCGCCUUGAAGUUGUGUAUCUGCUGUGUAACUUGGGCAGCCAUUCCACGUAUCACUGUACAAAGUUGGUGCCUCUGUGUAUCCUGCCCCAGUUGGUGUCACUGCUGAAAUCUUCAGAUCUUGAGUCACUCAACCUUGGAUUGUACUUCUGUGAAAUGAUGUGUCGCCUUACUCCAGAGAGCGCUCAGCAAUUUGAAGAAUGUGGUGGCAUUGGUUACCUUGAGGGUUUAGAAUAUCACUCCAAUGAGGCUAUUCGGACACAGGCUAAUGAAAUGCUAGAAACCUAUUUCCUACUUGGGGAUGAUCAAGGCGAUGUGGAAGCCUAA